UUUUUUAAAAGUGAAAAAAUGUCCUAAUUAAAUGCCGAAGCAUUUUUUCCAAUAUCAAAUUAAAAAUUAGGAAAAAUUAGGUGUAACAUUAAAAAAUUUGAAUUUCUAAUUAAGAGAUGAGUGGUUUAAGAACGGAUUUUUCUGAAUGUUCGUCUCUUUGUACUUGUAGUCAACAGCUGCAGCCAAGAAAACCAUUUUUGAUUGGAGUUUCUGGAGGAACUGCCUCUGGAAAAUCAACAGUUUGUCAGAAAAUAGUGCAACAGCUUGGGGACAAGGAGGGAGAUAACGAGAACAAUCAGAGAGUGUCAAUAAUUAGCCUAGAUAGCUUCUACAAAGAUCUCUCAAAUGAAGAAAAUGAACUGGCACUGCUUGGCAAAUUCGACUUUGACCACCCAAGAGUUUUCGAUUAUGAGUUACUGAAGAGAACUCUAUUGGAGUUGAUGAAUGGAAACACCAUUGAGAUAUUUGAUUACGAUCACAAGCUCCAUAAAAGGAAUAAAGAAAAAAGCCGAAAGAUAUCCUCUGCUGAUGUUGUCUUAGUUGAAGGUAUCUUAGUGUUCUAUCAGGAAGACGUGAGAGCCCUGUUUAAUAUAGAAAUACGCCGAUGUUAUCAUACCGAGAGGAGCUGAUAAUAAAGUUGCCGUAGACUUGAUUGUCCAACACAUCAAAGAUCUGCUGCAUAAAAACGCCAGCAGCAAACGUCACUCCGGCAGCUCUUCCAGCUGCUCCGUCCACCACAGCAGCAGCAGCAGCAAAACAGCUACCCCAUCAGCUGCUACUGCUGUUGUUAGCGGUCCAGCUGCUGCAGUUGAUAUAAAUAAAAACAGCAGCUCGAGUUCAACUUCAUCGUCACUACCGCGUCUGAGAACGUACAGUGAGAGCGAUUGUGAAUGGAGAUAUACGGAGCAUCAUCAUUGAUUGAUUGAUUGAUUGAUUGAAUGAUUGAUUGAAUGAAUGAUUGAUUGAUUGAUUGAUUGAUUGAUUGAUUGAUUGAUUGAUUGAUUGAUUGAUUGA